CCACGCGCGCAGCCUCAGCCAGCCAGCCAUGGCGAACCCCAUCAUCCCGAGCAGCAGCGGCGGCGACGGCGGGGAGGCGAGGACGAAGCUCGGGCGGCUCAACGCGGCGGUGGAGCGGUCGUGGGUCGGGAGGCGGUUCAGGCUGGCCGCGCGCGGGACGACGUUCACCACGGAGCUCCGCGCCGGGACGACGACGUUCCUCACCAUGGCCUACAUCCUCGCCGUGAACGCCUCCAUCCUGUCCGACUCCGGCGCCACGUGCACCGUCGACGACUGCGACGCGCCGUCCCCGGCGUGCAAGUUCCCGCCCGUGGAUGCCGGGUACGCCGCCUGCGUGGCCCGGGCGCGCCGGGACCUGAUCGUCGCCACGGCGGCGUCGUCGGUGAUCGGCUCCUUCAUCAUGGGCUCCUUCGCCAACCUGCCGAUCGCGCUGGCGCCGGGGAUGGGCACCAAUGCCUACUUCGCCUACACGGUGGUCGGGUUCCACGGCUCCGGCACGCUCCCCUACCGCACCGCGCUCGCCGCCGUGUUCCUCGAGGGGCUCAUCUUCCUCUUCAUCUCCGUCGUCGGGCUGCGGUCCAAGCUCGCCAAGUUCAUCCCCAAGCCCGUGAGGAUAUCUUCGUCGGCGGGGAUCGGGUUGUUCUUGGCGUUCAUUGGGCUGCAGAGCAGCGAGGGAGUCGGGCUCGUCGGCUUCAGCUCGUCGACGCUGGUCACGCUCGGCGCGUGCCCGGCGUCGCAGCGCGCGUCCGUGGCGCCCGUCGUGACGUUCCCCAAUGGCACGGUGGCGCUGAUGCCGGGAGGGACAGUCUCCGGUGGCAUACUCUGCCUCUCCGGCCGGAUGACCUCCCCGACGUUCUGGCUCGCCGUCGUGGGGUUCCUGAUCAUCGCCUUCUGCCUCAUCAAGAACGUCAAGGGCGCCAUGAUAUACGGCAUCCUCUUCGUGACCUUCAUCUCCUGGCCGCGCGACACCGGCGUCACGGUGUUCCCGGACACCCCCGCCGGCGACGAGAGCUUCAGUUACUUCAAGAAGGUGGUCGACGUGCACCGCAUCCAGUCCACCGCCGGCGCGCUCGACUUCCGCGGCGCCACCCACGGCUACUUCUGGGAGGCGCUCUUCACAUUCCUCUACGUCGACAUCCUCGACACCACCGGCGGGCUCUACUCCAUGGCGCGGUUCGCCGGCUUCGUGGACGACGCGACGGGGGAAUUCGAGGGGCAGUACUUCGCCUUCAUGUCCGACGCGACGGCCAUCGUGUUCGGGUCGCUGCUGGGCACGUCCCCGGUGACGGCGUUCAUCGAGUCGUCGACGGGGAUCCGGGAGGGCGGGCGGACGGGGCUGACGGCGCUCACUGCCGCGGCUUACUUCAUGGCGGCGCUGUUCAUAACACCGCUGCUGGCGUCGAUCCCGUCGUGGGCGGUCGGCCCGCCGCUGGUGCUCGUCGGCGUGAUGAUGAUGCGCGCGGUGGCGGAGGUCGACUGGCCCGACAUGCGGCAGGCCGUGCCGGCGUUCCUGACGCUGGCGCUCAUGCCGCUCACCUACUCCAUCGCCUACGGCCUAAUCGGCGGCAUCGCCUCCUACAUGCUGCUCAACUCGUGGGACUGGGCAUGCGACGCCGUCGCGAUGCUCCGCUCCCGCCGGAAAAGGGCGCACGGGGAGACGACGACCAACGGCGCCGGCGCCGCCGCCGCCGGAGACAAUGGGGAACAGAGGAAGAACUUGGAAAUGGCUUAGCUUUCUUUUCCCCUUUUUUCUGUGUAGGUAUUCUAAUUAUUCUCUUUUUGCAAAAUGUACUUUUUAGAAUAUUUAGCAGGUGAUUAGGAUUUACUAUACUGGAUGAAGAAGGCUCAAAUUGCAUACUAGGAUGUUCAACUAUUUCUAAAAGGUAAUUAAUCAAGUUUCACCAAGUGAGUGCUUGUCCAUUUUUCUGAGGUAAUUCAAGGAAAUAAUCAUGUGAAAAAACUUUGAAUUUUUCAGAUUAGACAUAGAGGGCAUACAUUUUUUUUUCCUUUCAACCUGUAAAAGAUUUGCACACAAUUCCAUCGAAAUAAAUGGCACAAGAAAAUAUUCAGA